AUGCGUUCCCUGUUCCUGAUUAGUUUCCUCUUCGGCCUGGCUUGGGCCCAUCCGGAAUUGGAGCUCUCACCCACAUCCCCGGCACCGGGAAACGAAACCGCCGACGAGGCUGACGAUGUGGCCGUCUUCUCGCCCUUCAGCCAGAGCGAUGAAAGGUUCGGCUUUGGCGGUUUCGCCAAGGUGAACUGGUUCCAGGCCCAGGCCACCUGUGCCGCUGCUGGGUACACCCUGGUGAGCAUCACAUCGGAGCAGGAGCAGCAGAGACUGCGCAACUUCCUCUACACCGUCGCCCGGCGGCAGCAAGACCUGGUGAACGAUCCGCUCUGGACCUCUGGUACUAACCUGGCUAGCAGGAACAAUUGGGUGUGGUUCAGCAAGGGACGCACCAUCAACUAUCGCAACUUCCAGAACGGACUGCCCGGCGACGACAGUUAUGACGAAUGCCUGGGUAUCAAUGGAGUCACCGGUUACUGGGUGAACGAGGAUUGCAAACAUGAGCAGCACUACUUUGUUUGCGAGAGGCGUUGCCAGUUCGACGACGACGUUAACUAACCGAAAAUGACCAAAUAGGUCCAAUAAAUUGUUUGGUGUUGGAUAUUAAAUAUAUCAGCUAAAUAUGAGCAAGUAAAAAAAAAAGCAUUUGAGUUUUUAAA